GCCUCCUGUGGUGUGUGUAAUAUCCGCCGUCGCUUCUCAUUUUCUCUAUUUUUUUCCCUUUGCCUUUUUUUUUGUUGCAUCUAAACGCUCCGAAAGAGCCGCCACGGAAGUGGGGGGUGAAAGUGAAUGGAACAACCAGUCCGGUGUGAGGAAUGAAAUCUGAUGUUUGAUUGUUUAAUUUAUUCAACUGUGACGAAGAAACUUCAAGUGACAGAUUUUCUUUUGCCCGUUUUGACUUGAACUGGAAUUCUGUUAACCAGGAAUUGAGAAUGGCUUCAAUAGAUCCAUACCAGUACAUCAUAGUGGAACAUCAGGUAUCACACAGAUUAACCGUGUGCAUUCUACGAGCCACAAAGGUGACCAAAGGAACUUUUGGUGAUCUACUUGAUACUCCUGACCCAUAUGUGGAACUGUUCAUCCCCACGGCGCCAGAGGGCCGGAAACGGAGCAAAUAUCUCAACAAUGUUGUCAACCCUGAGUGGAAUGAGACAUUUCAAUUUAUUAUUGAUCCAAAUGAAAAGAAUAUUAUGGAGAUUACCUUAAUGGAUGCAAAUUACGUGAUGGAUGAAACUUUGGGUACAACAUCUUUUAAUAUCGGAGAGAAUAUGAAAAUAGGAAAAAAGAUGGAAUUUUCAUUUGUCUUCAAUAAUGUGACUACAGUAUUUAUGGACAUGUCCUUGGAAGUUUGUUCUUCAGUUGAUCUUCGAUUCAGCAUGGCACUCUGUGAUGAGGAAAAAAUAUUCAGGCAGAAGAGAAGGGAAAAUGUUAUGGAAGGAAUCAAGAAGCUCUUGGGUCCCAAGAAUGCCAAGAAUGCACCGCAAUCAAUCCGGGAGGUGCCAACGAUAGCUAUUCUGGGUUCUGGUGGAGGAUUUAGAGCAAUGAUCGGGCUUUCCGGUGCAAUUAAGGCUUUAGUGGAAUCCGGAGUCUUUGACUGUGCGACCUACGUCUCUGGCCUCUCUGGUUCUACCUGGUACAUGUCAACACUAUAUUCUAACCCAGAGUUUCCAACCAAAGGACCUGAUGAAAUCAACAAAGAACUAAUGGAAAAUGUCAGCCACAAUCCAAUGUUCCUGCUGAAUCCUUUGAAGGUCAGACGAUACUUAGAGGCCCUGUGGAAGAAGAAGUUUGGAGGACAGCCCGUCACCUUUACUGAUAUGUUUGGGAUGCUCAUCGGUGAAACACUGAUCGCAGAUAGAAUGAACUUUAAAAUGAGUGAGAUGAAAAACAAGAUCCACAAUGGGCAAUGCCCAUUGCCUUUAUUCACCUGUUUACAUGUAAAGCCAGAUGUCUCUGAACUCAUGUUUGCAGACUGGGUGGAAUUCAGUCCAUAUGAGAUUGGGAUGGCCAAAUAUGGAACGUUCAUGCAUCCCAGCUUAUUUGGCAGCAAGUUCUUCAUGGGAACAGUGAUAAAGAAAUAUGAUGAGAACCCGCUUCAUUUCUUUAUGGGUGUUUGGGGCAGUGCGUUUUCCAUAUUGUUUAAUCGAGUGCUAGGAGUAAGCAACGCCAACAACAAAUGUUCCAUGACCAUGGAAGAAGAACUAGCUCAAAUUAAGCCCAAGCAUUUAGUUGGAAACGACAGCUCCGACAGUGACGAUGAAUCACAAUCCAAAGCAGAGAAUGGGUAUGGGUGUGAAGCGGCUGAGGCAGAGGAGGAGAGCCAGCGGAUUAACCAAGACACCUGGGUGCAGAGGAUGGUGAAAACCAUGUUUAGUGACUCUUCACUUUUCAACACACGAGAAGGCCGUGCUGGCAAGGUGCAUAACUUCAUGCUGGGCCUUAACCUGAACACAUCAUUCCCUAUCUCCCCUCUUUGUGAUCUGGUGCCAUCAGACCUGCUGGAGGAGGAGGAUGAUGAAGUGGAUGCUGCAGUCACAGAUCCAGAUGAGUUUGAAAUGAUUUAUGAGCCACUUGAUGUGAAAAGUAAGAAAAUCCAUGUGGUAGAUAGUGGGCUCACCUUUAACCUGCCCUAUCCAAUAAUACUGAGACCUCAACGGGCCAUUGACCUCAUCAUCUCCUUUGAUUUUUCUGCCAGACCAAGUGAUUCCAGCCCACCUUUUAAGGAACUAUUACUUGCAGAGAAAUGGGCAAAAAUGAACAAGUUGCCUUUUCCUAAAAUUGACACCAAAGUGUUUGACCGUGAAGGAUUGAAAGAAUGCUAUGUCUUCAAGCCCAAAAGCCCAAUGACAGAGAGAGACUGUCCAACCAUCAUCCAUUUUGUUCUAGCAAAUAUCAAUUUUAGACAUUAUAAAGCUCCAGGUGUUAAACGAGAGAGUGAGGAGGAAUUGGAGAAUGUGGACUUUGACAUCUUUGAUGAUGCUGACACGCCAUAUUCUACUUUCAACUUCCAAUAUUCCAAUAAGGACUUCACACUGCUCCAUGACCUAAUGGAAUUCAACACACUGAACAAUAUUGAGGUGAUUAAGGAUGCUAUCAUUGAGAGUGUCAAGUACAGGCGAGAAAACCCAUCUCGGUGCUCAGUGUCACUCAGCGAUGUGGAGUACAGAAGACUAAAAAAGUCAUUUAGUUUUGAUGGGCUCCAGUCGAGGCGGAAGCGACAAGCUGCAGAGGAAUUGCCGAAAUAAAAGCAGCGGUUAUCUACAGCAUUGAGACAGGAGAGGACAUACACCUUCAAUCAAAUCUCAUCUACUGGACGCUGAACAUGUGGCUUGAACUGCACUUAGAACCAUUUAUAAUCCUUAGGCUGCCUAGGCAAAAUAUAAACUAAACAAAAUGCAAAGGCAUUGUUUUAAAGGAAAGCAAUGUUGUUGAUGCGUAGGUCACAGAACGGUGAGCCACAUCAAAGAUUAAAAAUUCGUACUAUAAUAGUUAGAAGUUACUUCUUUUCAUCUAUUCCUUUGAAUCCAGGUUCUCCACCAAAACUGAUCAGAAUCGAUCAAAGAAGAAAAUCUGGUGAAUUACAACAAGGUUUUGACUUUUUUAUUGGUCUUGUCCUGUCUUUGGCAUGCUUGGUAGCUUCUAACAAUAAUGCAUCUGAGACCAGGAUUCCACUGAAGCAAAAGCUUGUGGGUUAAUUCCUGCCCAUUACUGUAUGCUACGCAGCAUUAAAUUUAAAGCUUGUCCUUCUAAUGGGUUCCCAUUCCAAAGGUCUUGGAUGUGGAAAUACUUCUUCACCCUGUUUUUAACUUAUCCAGUGCAAUAAACUUCACACUUGGUCUUUGAUGAUUUAAAGAACAGCAUUCUCCAUAACUUUGCGCCUUGCAAGCUGAUUGUUAACUUUAAGAUAAGAAUAGCUGAAUACUGGGUCAUGAUAUAUGAAUCCAGUUAUCAUUAAAAAGUGUUGGCUAGGUAGAUCCAAGCUUUGAACUAAACCCAUUAUUCCAAUGAGGUGAUAUUGAAGCACUCAAAUUGUUUUAUAUUUUCUUGAUUCCUUCACAUACAAAUAGUCGAGCGGCAAUGGUCGCCUUUAACAACCAAGCAGAAUCUAGCUGGAUCAACAUGGAGUCAAUAUAUUUAAGUUUCUUUCUUCCUUCAUAAUGCUGGAAAUGUUCCAUGGUUUGGUCAUGAUGUACCAUUUGCAUGGUUAAUCCAAGAUAUCCAAUCACUAACCAACCUUGGCAAAGAGUCAUAUCCCAAAUGUCCUUUUAGAAUUUGUGUGUUAUUUCCUUAUUGGAGAGUUGCUCUAUUGAUACAAUUCUUCAGUCAAACAUUGAAAAUUGUACUUCAUAUUUCAUAUCCAGCAAAAUGUUGAAUACAUCCGACCUUUCCAAUUACUUGUAGCUUCAACAAAAUGUGAGUCUACUUAUUUAAACAAUUUCCCUGCUUUUAUUAUUUUUAUUUCUAAGGCACCCCUAUCACUUCCUCGGGUUGCCAGCCAUAAGGCAUCAUCAUUCCCAAGGAUUCAGCAGUAUUGGCAUUUCUUCCCUUCCAUGACUUGCUUUGGCCAAAGAUUCCACACAGGACAGCCCAGUGCGAAUUAGUAGAAUUCAGCAUGUCUCAACAGCAGAACAUGGUCCUUGAGUUCAUAAUUGUGACCACCAAGACUUUAACAGGAAAGAGUUUUUUUUUAAACCAAAAUUUCUAUCCACUUUACCGAGUGGCAAUGAUUGUUCUAAGCACAGAGCUACAACAUUUUGCUGUGCUGUUUUGAAUUUCAACACUGUAACUACAUUAGCACUUUGUAUUUAAAAACAUGUAAACAAUAACAGCAACUCCGGACACAUAUAGACAAUGUUCUGGUGAUUUGGGGUAUGCUAGCUUGCCCUUUUGCUACAUUUCAUCAGUUGGCUAGUCAGUAAUUAACUGCAACAGCUUGUCCAAAAUUGGAUGUGUUGUGGAAGAACUUCAAUCUAUGGGGGAUGGGGAAAGGUCAGCAAGAAUAAGCCAGCAGUUCAUCUAGUACCCACUACAUAUGUUUCCAAGGCAAUAACUUGGCUAUGGGACCUGAAUGCUGAAAAGAACUGGAAACAUGAACAUGGAGACUUUUUUUUUCUUUUGAGUGCAGACGUGCAGUGAUUCAUGAUCUUAGUAAAACAGUUGGAACAUAGUAUUCAGUUCUGGACAGCACACUUGGAAACGUCUUAAGGACCUGAGGGUCAAAAAGAUUUACUAGAAUGAUGUAAGGGAUCAGAGACAUCCCGUUCCACUGAGAGAGAUGAGGUUUUUUGACUGAUCAUCUUGGGGCAAACAAGAAAAGAUUUGAAGGAGGUGUUCAAUGUUGUAGCCUGUAUUGAUAAAGGGAAUGGGCAGAAAUAUUUUUGAUGGCAGAGGACGGAGGUCUAAUAUGAUUGGGAAAUGACCAGAUAUUUGUGUGUACUAGUGAUAACACCCAAGAACUGUACAACCGUAAAACAGUCCCAUAUUAAGUCUCUAGAGCUGAAUAUAUUCAGGCAAAAAUAGCAAUUCCUCUCGCUGUCAAUGUCCACUGUUUACCUGAUUGGGUGGAGACAAAUUGGCUUGGUUUCCUAAUCUUGAUUACCAACCAGCAAAUCAUGUUAGAGAAUGCAUGAAAAUAUGAAUCAUUUAUUUCACUCGUGCAGUUAAAACAGUUUGACAAUUUUCACCGAGAACGGUCAAAAGGGCUGUAAUUAGGCAGAAAAUCCAUCAUAGCAUUAUUGAUCAGUGCAGCAUCAAUCAUCAACCAGCAUCUUCAGAAGAAAUGGUGAGAAGGGACGACAGAUAAAUAUAUUGAUAUAAAAUAUAUUGCUAAACCUAUUUAAUUUUAUCUCAUAAAUAAAUUGUAAAAUAUUUGAUAAUUUCAUAGCGCUUAAUGUAGCUGGAAAGUUAGUUUAAUUGAAAAAUAGAUUAAGGUUUUAACAAGACAAGAUGCAUAAUUAUGUCAUAUUGUAGUUUCUUACAUGUACUUAUUCUAAGUGGUCAUGCUAUCUCAAUUCUUUAUAUUUAACUAUUUUUUAAUGAAAAUAUUCCUGCACAGUUAUUUAAAUAAAUGAUUAAAUGCCAUGUGCUAAUUUAAAUUUCUAUUUUGAAAAUAAUUCUAUUGUAUUCAAAUGAUUGUAUAAUACUGUUUGCAUGUUGUAGUUUAUUGAAACACUAUGUUUUUUGACAUAAACUCAGAAUUGGUCAUAUCUCCAGCCUCUAUUUACUCUCGCCAUGCUAAUAAGUAAUGUUCUACAUUUUCUCUUCUUCUCUAAAUGUAACAUGUAAUCUUCAUCUGAAAUUUCCUCCCCUAAAUUCCCCAAAUAUAAUCUUCUACCCCUUUGCACCUUCAUCACAUCCACUCCCAUCUCCCUAUUCUUUACCAGUACUUCAUUCAUCAUUUAACCUUCCCUUCCUCCUGCAAUCCCCCUUAAGUAAGAGUCGUAAAAGUCUGUUUUCAAUCUGAAUGUGAUCUUGACGUAUUUUAAAAUAUUUUUAUAUCUAAAAGCUGGAAGUAUAUUUCACGUUAUGCACCAACCAUGAUGGUGAGGGUGGGAAGUGCUUUUCCAAAACAUGGUCUACUAACGUCAGUCUAGAAGGGUUGACCAGGUCAGCAGUAAUGGGACUAUAAUACUGAUUACUUUCUAUGGUAAGUAAUGGUAAUCAGGAUUCCUGAUUACUUACCAUACAGUGAGUUGUUAAAAGAUGUUUACGACAUUUUUUCUGGUUGGACAAAUUGUGCUCCAUUCAGUUUAAAACAAACAUUCCAGCAAAAUUAUGUAAAACUGUACAACUUAUAUAAAUAAAACUAGAUCAUUUAA